AGUGCCCACAGUGUACCUUCACCAGACCAGAGAGAAGCAGUGGAAGAUCGUGGAAACUUUGCCAAGGCGAUGCCGGCCUCGUCCACUGUCCACGUGCUGCAGUUGCUGCGGGAGUUGCUCGCCUUCGUGCUCCUCAGCUACACCGUGCUCCUCGGGGCGCUUCUGCUGGCUGGCUGGACCACCUACUUCCUGGUGCUGAAGUGACAGCGCUCGGGCCCGCGCUCGCCCCGCCCCGCCCCGCCCCGCCCUUCCGCAGCCUGGAGCUACCCCUCCCGGACUUGCCCUCUCCGGGCGCGGCCCCGCCCCGCCCAGCAGCCCGCUGCCAGGGUCGCUGCUCGCGACCCCGCUCAGCACCCCCGGCCCUGGAGCCU